AUGAGCAGCGUUGAAAAAGGAUAUAUAAUUACUCACGACCCAGUCAAAGUAAGCUAGAUUAUUACUUAUUAUUAUUAAACCAAAUACCAUUUAAAAUCUGUUUAAACUCUGGUCUAAAAGACCAGGCAUAAAAAAAAUAAUGAUAAUAGGGCCCGGGGCCCUAUUAUAUCUGGACAAGGUCGGCUAUAUACGAUUUUGAUGCCCUAAAUCUCUAAUAUAGGUUACGCUUUCUAACAUAUUUCUUUUCUUAGAAAAACAAACUUUAAAUUACAACUUAGUGAUUUAAUAUUUAUGUAUAUAGUAUAUUAACAACUUUAUUUUUAUAUCUUCUCAAUAAAAUUAUCAAUGUAUUUAUAUUAUAUAUCAAACAUGAAUUUUAUUAAUGAUUCUUAAUACCAGUAUCAAUAAAUAUUUUAUAAUUAAUACAAAAAAUUAAAUGAAUAUUGAGAAAAACUUAUUAUAAUUAACAUAUUAUGAUAAAUAGCACUUACAUUUAACAUAGACAUAACUUAUAGUUCUUACUCCUAAAAAUGUACUUUUUAUUUUAGGGCAAAUGUCUUGUUGCUACCAAAUUUUAUGAACCAGAUGAUUUAAUUUUUGAUGAAGAACCAUUUGUAUCCUGUCAAUUUUCUUGGAAUAAUCUGUAUGGUUAUCGUGCUUGUAAUCAUUGUUUAUGGUAAAUAACAAUUUACUGUAAUUUUUAAAUUACUAUCUAUAGUAAUAUUAUAUAAUGUAUUAUAUAGCCCUUUAGAAAGUAUCUCAGAAAAUAUUACCAGAUUGACAAAUGCAAUGAUAACAGAAGUCCCUUUUGAAGAUCAUUGUCCUGUAAACAAUUUAGUACAAAAUUUUGUGCAGUGUGAAUCCUGUAAAGUGAGAUUAUUUUACUUUAGUUAACUUAAUUUCAUUAAAAAUUUAAAAAUUAAAUUUAGUAAGGGAUAUUUAAGUAAUUUGUAUAGAUAUUUUAGAUAAAGUUAUAAAUAGUUUGAGACUUAUAAGUACUUGCUGAAAAAUUCAUUAUACCAACAUGUAUAUUUUAAAAUUCAUUGACAACUAAACUGCAUUUAUGUAUGUAUUACAAUCAAAACAUUUUCUUUUAUUAGGUAUGGUAUUGUAGUCGCAAAUGUUUAGAAACUGCAUAUAAUAGAUAUCACCAACUUCUUUGCAGACCUGAUGGAAAUGAUCCAUUGCAUGAUUUGGAAGAAUUAUGGAGGUAAAGUUUAUUAUUAUUAAUUAAAUUUUAUAGUUAAAUACUAUAAUUAUUAAAGUUCUUGGAUUAAAUUGUUUACCAUUUGUAUAAUCUAAGUAUAUGUUGGUCCUGAUUUUUUAAAUAGUCACACAAAAUACUUUUUGGCCUCUUUUUUUUAGAGGCUAUAAGAGAAUUUAAUUACAGCAUUUUCAAAGACCUUAGGGUCAUAAUUAAAGACCGGAUUUAUAUUCUUUUAUAAUCUACAACAAAACGCUUAGAAACACCAAAAAAGCACUUAAAACUAAUUAAAAGUGUAUUUGAUAGAGGGGUUUUAAAGUCCCCCUCUAAUGGCUCUAUGUUAUUAAAUUAAAUUUUUAACACUACAAAACUAUUCAUAUAAAAUACAUUUUUUAAAAUAAAACUGUAUUAUAAAAAAAAAAAUUACUUUUUAUUAAUAAUUUUUGUGGUGUUGGAUAAUUGUAUUUAUAAUUAAAUCCAUUAGAGGGGGGACUAUUAAACCCCUCUAAUAUUUUUGUGUUUUUAAAAAUUUGUUAAGUAAUUUUUUUCAGGGUUUUUUGAUAUUUUCAAGUGGCUGUGAAUUUUAAGAACAUAUAAAUCCGGUCUCUAGUCAUAAUGUUGAUAUGGAUGUCCAUUUACCAUUUUUUUCACUAUUGUUUAAAGUUUAACAAGAUUUUAUUUUUAUUGAUUUAAAAAUGUAUGUAAAAUAUUUUAAAAAUAAAACACUAGAAACAACUCAAUAAUAUUGUGUUAAUUGAAUGCUCAAUAUCCAAGAAAAUACCACUUGAAUUCAAUAAAAUUUGUCCUACAUGUUAUAACUAGACAUUUAAAUUUUAUACAUUAAUUUUAUUUUUAUAAAUAUUCAUGUCUAUGGUUACAACUUAAUAAUUAUUAAUUGUAGAUAUGAUAACCACUAACCAGACAAUAUAACUGUGAUAAUAUAAACUUAUGUGUAUGGAAUGUUAUCAAUGAUACAAUGUUUUAUAAUGUUGAGUUUGUUCCUUAUACUAUCAAUGGGAUUAUUUUAUGUUGUUUCAAACUGUUUAAAUGUACCUUCAUAGAAAUUGCAGCCAAAACUUUAAAUGUUAUCAUUUUGUCCAAAGUCAUCUAAUAUAUCUGAAUUUACUCACCAUUGUUUGGUAAUAUAUUCUUUAAUUAACAUUUUUUUUACACUUAAUUAAGUUUUUAUUUUUUUAGGAAUCCCUUUAGGAGUCUAUACUCUCUUGUAUGUUAAAUGUAUAUCUAUUGAAUUUUUAACAUUUUUUUAAUAACAGAUUUUACUGAAUUAAAUACCAAGUAGUAAACAGUUAAAUGUGUAUUGAAUUUAUUAUAUUAAUCAAUGCUUUUUUCAAUAACUGAGAUGAUUUUUUUUUUUAUUUAAUUGUGUUUAAUUAAACUUGUUUAAAAUUGUUUUGUAAUUUUGAUUCUUAGAACCAUGCAUUAUCCGCCUGAAAGUCACAACAUCAUGCUAUUAUGUCGUUUAUUGGCAACAAUUGAAUUAUCACCAUCCCCUCAACAGGCUAAUCAAACCGUUUCUAAUGUAAGUUAAUUCUUUAAUUUAAAAAUAUACUUUUUAUUAUAUUUGUCUCACAAAUUUAGUUUUGCCACCGAACAGAAAAUGAAAAUGAAAAAUUGGUACACAAAAUGCUCGGAGAAAAAUUUAUUGAGCAGAUUGAACAACUUCGUUUUGGUGUUCUUAAGUCCAUGUCUGUUAGAGAAUCUAGUCAAGUAAAAAUAAAACAAUAUUUAAAAUAGUUCAGUUAUUUAAAAUUUAAAUAUUUUUAGUGGUUAACUCCGAGUGGAUUUAAAUCAUUAUUGGCUUUGAUUGGCACAAAUGGACAAGGUGUUGGUACUAGUAUUUUUCAGCAAUGGUCAAAUAGGUGUAAAAAAAAUCUUUCUUCUGAUGAAAUGUUAUUAUUUGAUAAUUUUGUAGAAAAUGCUUAUGAAGUAAUGGAACAGGGUAAUUUUUUUUUUUAUUAUUUAUAAAUAAUAGUGGAGAGUGAAACACCAUUACCAAAUUCUAAUUUAUAACCCUAAUGUAUCAUCUGAAAUUAUAAUUAAAUAAAGUAAUAUUUGUUUUAAAAAGUUGUUGGAAUAGAUUAUUUGGAUAAUGAAGGUUCAGCUCUAUUUCAAGAACAUAGCUCUAUAAAUCAUAGCUGUUACCCAAAUGCAGCCAGUGUUUUUGAUGGUAAUCAUGUCUUGAAAUUAAUUGCUGUGAGAGCAAUUGAACCAGGUGAUGAAAUAAAUACUAGCUAUAUGGCUCCAUGUGAAUUAGACCAUAGCAGACAUACUAGGCAAAAAUAUUUACGGUGUGUAAUCAUAUUUUAUCAACUGUUAACACUAUAAUUAAACAAUUCAAUAAAUUAUUUUUGUAUUUUCAGAGAAAAUUAUGUAUUUACAUGUCAGUGUAUUAAAUGUGAACUACAAAGUAAUGACCCUGAUAUUACAACUGACGAUGAUUCAGAAAUGGAAGAUGGAAAUUAA